AUGAUUUCGGUACUUAUCUACCGAACAUUGAAGAGGGACAAAAAGCUACCUAUUAGACUGGACGAGAUUAACACUCAUUGGAAGAGGUUACAAAUUGACGAAGCAGAUGAUGGACAGGUUGACUGCUCGAAGGAGUUUAGGGUCAUUCAGGAACGGUUGAGAUUAUCAAAUCAGAGUAUGCAGCUACAAAUUAGGGAUCAACUGCGACAGAUAGCUUUUCCAGAAAUUACAUCGCUAACUGCACCGGUCAAACAGGUAGAUACAAAGGGUGCAAAAAAACGGGCAAAGUCAAGUAAAUGUAACAGUUCUACCACUAGAUCUCCAUCUUAUUGGGAGCACAUUGAUGCCCGAUAUCCUGACAGUCAGGCAUCACAAUCAAAACCAGCCAAACCCAAAAGGAAGACUGCUCGCAUAGGCACUUUGUCUCCUAAUGCUAUACCUCGCCGUUCAAUUCCGUUUAUGGAGCAUAUGCCAAUGUUCAUGCAUUCAUAUAUUGAGGACAUUAUUGAUGUUAAAGGGGAUGGGCAUUGUGGAUUCCGCGUUGCAGCAGAGUGUCUUAAUAAGGGCGAAGAUAGUCAAGGAUUAGUUCGUUCAAAACUUAUCAGAGAGUUAACCAUGUUUAGGAAAGAGUACCUGCCUAUUUUCGGUACUGAGGCACGUCUACAAUACAUUCUUGAUGGUUUGUUCCCUCCCAAGGUAAUGCCUAAGAAUGGCAUUGCACCGGAAGAAAAAUGGUUCACAUUUCCAGAUAUGGGCCAUAUCCUUGCAACGGCCUACAACCGUGUUGUAGUAUGUUUGACAUCGCAUCAUAUAGGUUAUUCUGAAACAUUUUUUCCACUGCGUACCAAGCCACCGUUUGAUCCAUCUGCACACAUUAUUUGUAUUGGUAUGGUUCCAUAUCACUGUGUCAAUGUAAAACUGAAGUCUGGAUGUCCACUUCCUCCUACUAAUAAGAGCUGGAAAAUUCAUCGGGCACCGGAGGCUGAGACUUGGGAAGAUACAUUUUUGGACCGGAUGAGUGAGUUUGACGAACUCAUGAAGAAUGAAAAAGGUGAUUUGAAGAAGGAGAUCAAUAAAGAUGAUCCUAUAACAUUUUCAGAUGACUAG